AAGCAGAUGCUCAAAGAGGAUUCACUGAUUGGCUGUUAAAACUAGGUGAGAAGUGUAUUCCUGGGAUUACAGAUAACAACAACUACAUUUCCCUACUAUCAGAUAUUGUUCUCAAAGGCAUUAGCUCUCAAGCUUUGAUUGAUUUCACAUAUCCAGAACUUCAGAAUCAAGUGCAUGAUAUAAAGUAUUUAGCUGAAAGAAUAAUUCUUGCUCCAAGAAAUGAAGAAAUUGAUGUAUUGAAUACAGAAGUCCUUUCCGAAUUUCUUGGAGAAGAAACAACAUAUUUUAGCCUGACUCUCUAG